AUGAGUUUGGACACUGAUGAUGUUGCGAACUCGUGGAGAAACGGUUCUGCGGAACUGUACACGGAGGCACCACUGUCAGCCAACGACUCCAACGUGACAACGGGCAAUGAGACCGCGUUCGCUCCCCUGGACCUUACUCGGGCGGUUCCUCUGGGCAUUGUUCUGGGUGCUUUCAUUGUGUUUGCGAUUGUUGGCAACAUACUUGUCAUUCUCUCGGUGGUGUGCAACAGACACCUGCGCAUCCCAACGAACUAUUUCAUUAUCAACCUAGCCAUCGCCGACCUGUUGCUGGGCACCACUGUGCUGCCCGUCUCCGCUACGUUGGAAAUCCUGAAUUACUGGGUGUUCGGGAGGAUCUUCUGUGACAUUUGGGCGGCCGUGGACGUCCUGUGUUGUACUGCGUCUAUCAUGAGCCUAUGCGUAAUCUCGAUAGACCGUUACAUCGGUGUGCGCUAUCCGCUGCAGUACCCGACCAUUGUGACGGAGAAAAGGGCUCUGCUGGCCAUGCUCGGAGUGUGGGUCCUUGCUUUGGUAAUCUCCAUCGGUCCUCUGCUGGGAUGGAAACAGCCGCCCUCCCCGGACGACACGGUGUGCCGCAUCACCGAAGAGCCGUUUUACGCGCUCUUCUCCUCCCUAGGCUCUUUCUACAUCCCGUUGGCCGUGAUUCUCGCCAUGUAUUGCCGCGUUUACAUAGUUGCUAAAAGGACCACAAAGAAUCUAGAGGCUGGAGUGAUGAGAGAGAGAAGAGAUUCCAACGAGUUCACACUCCGAAUCCACUACAAGGGGUCACAGCUGCACGAAGACUGCGGCGGCGCUGGUAAGGGACCGCCGAGGAGCUCCCUGACGCUCAAACUGCUGAAAUUUUCCAGAGAGAAGAAAGCUGCUAAAACUCUUGGAGUCGUGGUGGGGAUGUUCAUUCUCUGUUGGUUGCCCUUCUUCCUCGCGCUGCCGAUUGGGUCUUUCAAUGCCAACCUGCGUCCGCCAGACCCGUAUUUCAAAGUCAUCUUCUGGCUGGGCUACUUCAACAGCUGCCUGAACCCCAUCAUCUACCCGUGCUACAGCCGGGAGUUCAAGCAGGCCUUCAUCCGCAUCCUGCGCUGCCAGUGCCGCAGCAGGAAACGCCCAGGCUGGAAGGCCUACAAGUACCGCAGCUGCCACCUGCACUCGUACGACCACGCGCAGAAGGACUCGGCCGACGCCAACUCGGCCUGUCUGAACGGGAGUCUGCGCACCCUCUCCUCCUCCGCCCAGCCCAGCCCCCGGGACCUGGGCCGGGGCGCGGAGGGCCACCUGCAGCUGGGGAGGUUUCACGGCUGGGGCCUCGGGGCGUCCCCCUGCCCCUCGCCUUCCCCCUCCCCCUGCCCCUCCCCUCUGCCGGGGACCCGGUCGGAGCGUUACCAUGGCUUCCUCCAGAGAGGGAGGAACCCGAACGGGAUGAACUCGCACCCGCUCCCGGGACCCCGGGACAAACGCUCGGGUCUCACGCUCUGGCCCUUACAGAAGGACAGGGGCCGGGCGUGGGGGGGCGGGGAGAGGGAGAGUGCCCCGAAUAAAGACGUCCUCUCGAUUCCGAGCGGGUGA